AUGCCUCGCUACACCAUCAACGAGCCUCACCCCACCGUGGCCAAGGACGCCUUCAUCCACGCCGGCCGUGGCGGUGCUGGUAACCACUUCCGUGCCCCCGUCACCACGCCUGCCUCGGGCGUCACCUCCACUGUGAAGCCCAUGCCCCCGACCUCUGCCCGCUUCUACUCGGGCCGCGGCGGUGCUGGCAACGCCCACGCCAAGGCUGAGCGCCCCAUCAUCUCCUUUGACGAGGAGUACGCCCGCCAGUCCGCUCGCGAGCAGAAGCUGCGUGGCCACGUCGGCCGUGGCGGCGCCGGCAAUGCCUACUCCAAGGCUACCGUCGACAGCGUGCCCGUCCGCAAGGGCAGCGAUGCCUCGAGCCACCGCUCCUCCACCAGCUCCUCCAGCGUCCGCUCCGGAUUCUUUGCCCGUCUGAGCCUCGGCAGCAAGCACUAG